CUGUUUUGUCAUGGUGGGGAGCGAGCAAGCUCUACAGGUACGCCAGCGGUCGUAGCUUACUCCUGCAACGCAUUCCACUCAGCAGCAACAAGGAGAGAGAAGUAAGAACCCCAAAAUAUUUCUAAGAUUAUAAACUAGUCGUAGGGGCAGAGGCCACUUCACUUUAAGGAUUUACAAGCGUACACGUCCUGCGGCUUUGGACUCAGCCAGCGCGCCCGCGUUGCCAUCCACGCUGCAGCGCAGGGCACCACGCCGCGCUCCCGUGCUCCAGGUUUCACCCCGGCCGGGGCGAGCCCUUCAGCAGCGGCCCAGACGCCUCGGGUAGGCCGCGCUCGGGAUCCGCCCCCUGCCCAGGCCGCUCAGCACGCGGACCUCCCGGCAAAAAACCCAAUCCGAGCUCUUUAACCCCGUUUUUGAACGAGGGCUCCGGGGCGGGCCGGGGCGGCAGCGGCCCCUCGGCGCCUGCGCGCGGUUUCGGUUCGUGCGGCGGCGUGGGGAGCGCUCGGGGCGGCCCGGGCACGGCGCGGCCUGCGGGGCUCGGCGGCGGCGCCAUGGCUCCCAUACUGAACCUCAACAACGAGGUUGUGAAGAUGAGAAAAGAUGUGAAGAAGGCCAGAGUCCUCACUAUCCGCAGACUAACCAGACACAUUGGGAAAUUAAAAUCGAAAAAGGGUUCAGAAGACUUGAAAUUAAAGAACCAAAAACGAGUUGAGAGAUUAAUAGAAGAAAUCCAUGCCAUGAAGGAAAUAAAACCAGAUGAAGUUACUAGACUUGCUCUUAGGACAGAAGUUAAUUUUGAAAGUGUCUGCAAAAAGCCAAACUGUACUGCAGCUGAGCGAGCCAUGGCAAGACUUGCUACACACCCCACCUUAAAGCCCAGAUUUGUUGAACUUAAAGCUGCUGUUAAAGCUUUUAAGGAUGCAAGAAAGAACCCAGACAAAGCCACUCCUGUGAAAAAGGAUCAGUCAGAAGAACAGCCUAAAUCAGCACAACAUUCCAACAGCAGCUCGGAUGAACAAGCUUGUAAGCGGCCUCAAAAACAGCAAGGAUGUGAACAUAAAACAAAAUCAGGCAUGAAAACAGAAACUGACAAGGUUGAAAAGCUCUAUGAGAGUGAAUCUGAACAGAAAACUGUGGAAAUGGAGAGAGCAUAUGCUCCAGAAGAACCUUCAUUUCAGGCAGUAGAAAUGCAAACAGUUACUCAAAACAAAACAGGAAAGAAACUUGACUGUCAAAAAAGGAAAGAAAAUAUGAGUAUGAAAAAAUUAAAUGCAAUAAAAGAAAUAAUUGAUGAUAGUGAUCAAGAGCAUCCCAAUGAAAAGGAGUACUUCGAUGAUAGUACUGAAGAGAGGUUUUAUAAUGAGUCAUCAGAUUCUGACAGUGACAGCAAUGAUGAUUUCUUCAUUGGCAAAGUAAAAAAAAAGAAAAAACCUGCAGUUAAUAAUUUUUCUUCAACAAAAGGGAAGGGUAGUGUUCAGAAAAAUGUAAGGAAGACAGAAAAGAGCACAGUGUCUGGGACAGCACAAAAUUUUAUCAUGGAAGAGAAAAAGCUACUUGCAAAAGCAAGCAAGCUGGAGUCAGUGUUCUGCAGUUCUUUGUCUACCACCAAUCAGAAAUCUCAGAACAGAAGAAAUACUAAAGACCAGCCUCUCAAAAAUGAGAGAACAGGUUUUCUUAAAAAGGAAACAAAGCUCAACAAGAAACCAUCUGCAAAAGCUUCAGGGGGUAUUAACUGCAACAAUAAGAAAGCAUGUUUGGAGCAGCCUCUUCAUCCUUCAUGGGAAGCAAGCAGGAGACGCAGAGAGCAAAUGUCUCAAAUUACAGCAUUCCAGGGGAAAAAGAUUAAAUUUGAUGACUAGACUACAUGUAAAUGGAAGUUUAAAAAAAUUUCUUUUGCAACUGCUGUUUGAACAUCUUUUUCCAUUGUCCAUAUCCUUUGCAACCUAAAAAAUUGCAACUAUUAUUUACCAUCUUAGAAUAUCAAGAUUGUUUCAUUCAUUUUAUGUACUGUCUGUUGAUUAAUGUAAUAGCCAUUUGAUGUUGGUUCAUAAGUGCCAUUAUGUAGUGCUACCAUUCGUGAAAUAUACCCUAACCUGAAAAAAGGGUUUUUAGGAACAUAAUUUGUGCCCUGCAGGAACAGUACAGAUUCUUUGGAGGGGGACUUUGGUUUUUUGUAUGUAAAAAAAAAUGUACUUUAUAUGAGAAUCUGGUUGUCAAAAGAAAAGUUCUGUAUUGUCACAUGCAACUGAGACAAAUAAAAGAUUCUUAAAGAGACUUCAUAAAUACAUCAGUGCAUUGGGUAGCUGGAAACGUCAAUCAGUUCAGGCAUAAUGUGUAAAUUUCUGGAGAGAAUAAAAUAUUGUGCUUUUAAAUUGUGAUCUCUGUCCUCUGAUUAUACUGCCAGUUUGAAGAAAAGGAGUCUUCAAUACUUUGUUCUAGUAGAUAUGUCUGGAUUCUUCAAAAUGUGUGUCUUGCACUUUCUGAAAGAAUGUGAAAACCUGAAGAGACUUUGUACAUACACUAAGAAAUGUUUGACUUCUAAGUGCCAGUCUGACAAUGGAAGUUCAUCUUGUUAGCGUAGGAAAACAUAUAACCACACGAAGGCGAUCAUAUGCGGUUCUUUAUUCAAGCGCGCGGGACACCGGGGUGAUAAUACACCCAAAUCUGAUGUCCGAAGGAUACAGAGUCGAUUCGUGAUUUUUAUAGUUUAAAUUAUACACAUGUUAACUAACCCCCACCCCUAGAUACUGAUUAUCCUAUUCCUUAGUUACUAUCUUAAAUCAUACCUACGCUUCUACCCUGAUCCACACUUGAUUUGGUUAAAACAAUAGCAUGGAGCUGUUUACAGAAGCUGACGCUUGUUCCAAGCUAGCUGCGUCAAGUUCCAGUUGUACGUUCUCUACUUUCCUCCCCCUACACAUUACUCAAUCCAGAAAUUAUAUUUUUUAACCCUCCACCAACAUUCCCCCCUUUGAAAGUAUUUUCACUCUAAUAUACUAAGUGUAAAUGCUUUCACUUAAUACAGUCCAUUAGGCUUCAGAGUUCAUACUGGAUGUUCAUCUUCAAAUCCUCUGUUGUCAUAGGCUUUGUCCGGGAUGUUGUUGCGGAUUGAAGGUGCUGGGUUCCGUGCCAAUGCCUUCAUUAUGGUCCUGUUCCAAGAUGCCUUUUUCUGUAUCUCUCUUUUCAGGAUUCUGUAAACUAACUAAAUUACUAAAAAUAUAAUCAGUAAAAUUAUCAGAUUUUCAAGGAUAGACUUUAUCCAUGAACUCACAUUCCAUCCUAAUCUUUCAAAGAUUUUACCUAACCAGCUAGUAGCUAAAUCUUUUUGUUCUUUUUGUGCCUCAUGCUCUAUUUGUUUUAACUGACUGAUGUCAUGUUCUACAUCUGCAGUUACAUUUGGGAUGUGGAUGCAGCAAUGGUCGAUUUGUCCCUUUAAAUAUCCACACACUCCGUGUUCUUUCAAAAGUAACAUAUCUAAAGCCAAACGAUUUUGCAGGGUCAUUUUGGUGGUGGCCUGUAAUUGCACAUUGAGUUCCCCAAAUCCCUCUCGUGUGAUUCUUGCUAAUCUGUCUACCUGACCUGUGAGUCUAUAUAGCAUUUCUCUAUUUCGAUAAUUUGCAAUGGGACCAAACAAGGAUUCUAGGGCCUACCCAAUCUUUACUCCACUAGAGGGUUCCUUCCAAGUGUCAUCUGGGUUCUUGUCUUCUGAGACAUCUCGCUUUGC